AUGGGUUCUAGCAAGAAAUCGAAACCUAACUUAUUGGGUAAGCGAAAGCCGGAAGAUGAUUUGGCGACCAAACCGAUUCCGAAGAGACAUAAGGAGAAGGAGAUAACGAAAGAGCAGUUGAAAGGAAGGGUCGAGCUGUUGGAGACAAAGUCUGAUCAGGCUAAGCCUUCACUACACGCAUCCAACAAGGGCAGGCGUGUGAGCUGUGGCUAUAUUGAGUUUGCUUCUGCUGACGAAGCAAAGAAUGUGAGGGUGCUGGAAAAGAAGAACGAUGUUGGACAAGUCGUUCGUGUUCGGCGUCUUGUGAAUAAUCCGAUUAAGUAUAGAAGCAGUGGCUAUGUUGAGUUUGCUUCUGCUAACGAAGCGAAGAAGGCACUGGAAAAGAAGAAGGGUGAAUAUUUGCACGAUUGCCAGAUUUUUCUUGAUGUGGCUAAUGGCACAGAUCGAAAAUACAUUCCACCCGUCAUCAACUUCUUCGAAGAUGUUGGACAAGUUGUUAGUGUUCGACUUAUUGUAAACGAGGAGGGUAAGCAUGUGGGGCAUUGCUUUGUUGAGUUUGCUUCUACUGACGAAGCCAAGUGGGCGCUGGAAAAUAAGAAUGGUGAAUAUUUGCACGAUCAUAAGAUUUUGUUGAUGAAAGGACAAGAUCAAACUCCCGAUUCUGUUGAGCAUCAGUUUCUUCAAAGAUGUUGGACAAUAAAAAAAUCGGGCAAGCGUGUGGGCAAAGGCUUUGUUGAGUUUACUUCUGCUAACGUAGCAAAGAAGGCUCUGGAAAAGAAGAACGGUGAAUAUUUGCUCGAUUGCCAGAUUUUUCUUGAUGUUGCUAAGACAAAUCCACGACACAACCGAAGAAUCUUCAAACGUGUUGGAAAAGUUGUUCGUGCUCGGCUUAUGGUAGACCACAGGGGUGAGCUUGUGGGCUGUUGCUUUGUUGAGUUUUCCUCUGCUGACGAAGCAAAGAAGGCGGUGAAAAGGAAGGAUGGUGGUUUGGUUUAUGUUAACAUGGCUGAGAUAGCUCCAUACCCUUUCCGACGCAGAAGAAGAGUACAACUUGUACAAGCUUGCAAAGAAGCUUUGAGUUUUGUUAUCAAGAGCACAUUAGGUGAAGUUUUUUGGUGUACAUGGAGAGAUGACAAAGGGUACGAAGACAACCUUCGACGAGAAGGCCUUGGUUUGAUGAACAAGCCGAAGCUGGAGCUGAAGAAACCGCAGGCAAUCUUCUGCGGUACGAAGACAGUUCUUGCGGAGGAGGAGGCUUUGGUUUGUUAA